GGGGGCGGCGCGCAGGCGCGCGGCCGCGUGGGCGGGCGGCGGGGGGAAGGUGCGAGCAGCCGCCCGCGCGCGGCCGGCGGCGGCGCGUGUGUCCCGUGUGUGCCCCCCAGCGCCGCCUCCCCCGGCCCCGCCGCCGGAUGCGGAUGGUCCGCGGCGUUAGAAGAUGGAGGGGGUGACGCUGAGCGAGGCGGAGCAGCGCUACUACUGCGACCUCUUCUCCUACUGCGACACCGAGAGCACCAAGAAGGUGGCGUCCCACGGGCGCGUCCUGGAGCUCUUCCGCGCCGCGCAGCUGCCCAACGACGUGGUCAUGCAGAUUAUGGAGCUCUGUGGUGCAACAAGACUUGGUUACUUUGGAAGAAGUCAAUUUUACAUUGCUUUGAAACUUGUUGCUGUGGCCCAAUCUGGUCUCCCUCUAAGAGUGGAAAGCUUAAAUACAGUAAAGGACCUCCCUCUUCCCAGAUUUGUUGUGUCAAAGAAUGAACAAGAGUCAAGACACACAGCCUUGUAUUCUUCAGAUGCUGAUAACCCAGCUUCGUAUUCAGGUGUGAUUCCUCCUCCUCCACCUGGCAGGAUACAAGUCAAAAAAGGCUCUGUGAGCCAUGAUGCAGUUCAGCAGCGUUCAUCAACUGAUCAACAGGAGUCCACAUCUCCAGUUGUUUCACCUCAGCAAUCCCCACCAACCUCUCCACAUACAUGGAGGAAGCACAACCGCCAUCCCAGCGGAGGGAAUAACGAGCGACCUCUUGCUGGACCUGGGCCUUUUUGGGCUCCAUUUAGUGAAGUACAACCAGGCUCAUCUACUUCUAGUGAUCCCAUAUGGUCUGGCCAUUCACCACCACCCCAUCAAGAAAAUUGGGUCAGUUUUGCAGAUACCCCACCAACCAGUGCUCUUUUAGCCAUGCAUCCUGCUUCUGUCCAGGACCAGACAACAGUGCGAACUGUAGCAUCAGCUACAACAGCAAAUGAAAUUCGUAGGCAAUCAAGUAGUUAUGAUGAUCCCUGGAAAAUAACUGAUGAACAAAGGCAGUAUUAUAUUAAUCAGUUUAAAACCAUUCAACCUGAUCUAAAUGGAUUUAUACCAGGAUCUGCAGCUAAAGAAUUUUUCACUAAGUCAAAACUACCUAUUCUUGAACUUUCUCAUAUUUGGGAACUGUCAGAUUUUGAUAAAGAUGGUGCACUGACAUUGGACGAGUUCUGUGCUGCAUUUCAUCUGGUAGUUGCUAGGAAGAAUGGGUAUGAUUUGCCAGAAAAGUUACCUGAAAGUUUAAUGCCCAAACUGAUUGAUUUGGAAGACUCAACGGAAGUUGGGGAACAGACUGGUGAGGUAGGUUACUCCGGCUCUCCAGCAGAAGCACCUCCAAGCAAGUCUCCAUCAAUGCCAUCCCUAAACCAGACCUGGCCAGAAUUGAAUCAAAGCAGUGAGCAGUGGGAGACAUUUAGCGAACGCUCUUCAAGCUCACAAACUCUGACCCAAUUUGAUUCUAACAUUGCACCAGCUGAUCCUGACACUGCAAUUGUGCACCCAGUUCCUAUAAGAAUGACUCCUAGCAAAAUCCACAUGCAGGAAAUGGAGCUUAAAAGAACUGGAAGUGAUCAUGCUAACCCUACUAGUCCACUACUUGUGAAACCAUCAGAUCUCCCAGAAGAAAAUAAAAUGAGUUCAUCUGUAAAAUUUACAGCUGGAAAUACAGUUACAGAUGGUUACAGCAGUUCGGACUCUUACACUUCAGAUCCAGAGCAAAUCGGAAAUGCUGUGACACGGCAACGAUCACAUUCAGGAACAUCUCCAGAUAACACUGCACCACCACCACCCCCUCCAAGGCCUCAUGCUUCUCAUUCUCGGUCGUCAUCUUUAGAUAUGAACAGAUCCUUUUCAGUUACCCCAGGACAGCAACAGGCUGGAGUUGUUGCCUAUCCCCCUGCAGUGCCUCCAAGACCGCAGCCUUCACAGGGCACAGGUGCUCAUGUGCAUCGCUCAGUGGACGCUGAUGGCCUAAUAGCUCAUACCAGUACCUCACCUCAACAAAUACCAGAGCAGCCAAAUUUUGCAGACUUCAGCCAGUUUGAGGCAUUUGCUGUUUCAGGUGUAAACAAAGAAGAAGAAGAUGAAAUUGAAACACACUCAGAAGUCUUGCAGGUUGAAAAGCCCUCUGAUUCUGCAAGUUCUCUUAGAGUUGCCAAAGCAGAUGGAAGAGUUGAAGACAAAGCACCUGCAAAUGUCCCCAGUAGUGCGGGUAAAGGCACUACCCCACUUGCUCCACCACCGAAGCCUAUUCGUAGAAGAUUAAAAUCGGAAGAUGAGCUAAGACCUGAAGCUGAGGAACAUACACAGAAAACAGGUGUCAUAGCUGCUGUUCUUGCUUCACAGCCAUCUAUUCCUAGAUCAGUGGGGAAGGACAAGAAGGCAAUUCAGGCAUCAAUCAGACGUAACAAGGAAACCAACACUGUUCUGGCCAGAUUGAACAGUGAACUACAGCAGCAGCUAAAGGAUGUUCUUGAAGAGAGAAUCUCCCUGGAAGUCCAACUGGAACAACUUCGACCCUUCUCUCACCUCUAAGCCUACUGCCGUUAACUGUGAAUUUACUAAUUUUGAAAGGGGUAUUGGUUUCAAGGCCUAUUUAAAUAUCCAUGCAUCUAGCUCAGUGCACUCUAUUCUACAUUAAAUGUUGUGGUUCUGUUUUGUCAAUUUGUCCACUUUUGUAUUUUAAGUAUUUUAAUUUCAAUACAGAGAGAAAAAAACAAACAAACUACUUCUUCCUUGAAUGUGACACUGCCUCUCACAUCUUUUUCUGUGGGCAUCCGUGAUCUUUGUUGGACUUGAGUUUGCAGAGUUUGUCGCCAAAAUUUCCAACUGGAAUUUUUCGUGGGUUUUUUUUCUGUUGAAACAUCUUUGCAGAAGAGGGUUGCUAAUCAGUUGAUUUUAACCUUUAAGCACAUAAACUCUUCAUUCACUAUGGCAUUUAUUUUAUUGUGCCAGAAAAGAGACAAACUACUAAUCUGUCAUCGGCCAAUGUUACUUCCCAAGCUGCCUUUCACAAUUGGAAAGUUGUUCCCAAUUCUGGAAAGCCUGCCUCUUUGCAAUUCCCCAGCUUACUCAGGUUGGGAGAGUUCCUGCAGGCUGUUUGCCACAUCGACUGGAUUGGAUUUAGUGAUUUUUGUUGCAUACAUUAUAGAGUAUGUAACCACAGAUUGCCAGGUGUUCACAUUUUAUCCAUUCAUGAUCCUGAUUCAGCCGCAUGCGUAGAAACGUUCAUGGCACAAUUGGUAGUUUAUCAAACAGGUCUUCUUUAGUUCUCCCUUUCGUGAAAAGAGUUGGGUGUAGGUCCCAAACAUUAAUUGCACAUUAUCUAAGCACCACCUGUAAUUGCAUGUCUCACACGUUACCUUUUAAUAGCAGAUCACAUCCACCAGUCUUCACUAUAACAAAUUGUAUUGUCAAGUAAUGUGUCAAUACCUCUAUAAACUUCUAAUUCCCAGCAAAAAAAAAUAUAAAACAAAAAAUCAACAGUUUUGCUUCUUAGGAAUUCUGGGGUACCUUCUGUCAUCUUGUUUCCAGGCCUUACUUCUCUGGCAUAUAGACAGGCUUCACUAUUAACAGAGUUCCUUGAGUGUAUCUUGCUCUUCAGGUUGAUGUACUGUAUUAGGAUUUGUUGUAUAUUGUACGAUACACACAUUUUGAUCUCAUAUGUAAAUUUGCAUUAAUUGCUGACUAACAGCAGAUAUUCUAUUUAAUGGCUUCUUCUGGCUGUGGGAUCAUAGAUGUUUAACUGCAUGGAUGUAUCUCUGCAGAAUCAGAACUAGCAAUUGUGUGAUUUUUACACCAAUAAAACAGCACAAUAUUUUAAUUUUGUUGAUUCAUCUUUACCAGGGAAUUGAAACUCAUUCAAAUAAGGGGGAGGGGUUUAUUACAGGUUUGCAGGUAAUUUUUUGUAAUUUUGUGGCAUGUACAAGAAGCGAUUGAUUGUAAUCUUUUGGCCAUUUUCUUCCCUCAUUUUUAGCUGUUGAUCAGAAGUGGUUCUCUUGGUAAUCUGUGGCUAUACUCCUUUUGUAUCCUCCUAUAGGCAAAUUUAAUACAAAUGUAAUUUCUAAAAAGUAAAUGUUACUACUGACUUGAGUCAAAUAUAUUUAUAGUUCUUUAGGCUUAAUAUCUUAUUUGAUUUCCUUGAAAAUUCCUUUAAAAAUUAAAGGUAAAUCAUCUUCUGUUAGCAGUCCUUAAAAUCACUGUCUCACUUCCGUGCAUAAAUGAAAUUCCCUUAACAUCUGCUUCCUUUCCAAAAGGAUAGGUCAAGUCAGAUUUACCACUGGUUAUGCUGUUACAGUGAAAAACAAGUAUUUCUCUUUUUGGUUAUCAUAAACAGACAUUUAAUUAUGGUGAAUUAUGGGUAAUUAUGAAUUUUUACUACUAUAACUAUUCCAACAUUUUUUCAAAUGUCAUGGAAGUGUUGCAGAUGGUUUAUGUAUAUAAUCCAAAGCAAAAUUCUCUGGUGUGAAAGGAUGUCAUAGUUGCAUGAAAGAUGGUAGGUUUUAUUUGCUUGUAAAGGGAUUAAGGAAUGGUAGGUAAAUGGGCACAAAGGUGACAUAUAAGUUAUAUAUAAGUGCAAGGCUUUCACUUCAGAAAACUAUAUAUGAAUAGGGAAAUGUGAAGAAAAACCCAGCAAAACAAAUAACACCCUCCCCAAAGUAAAGUGAAAAACUUUAAAGUUGAUGGACUGAUCACUUCUAUUAUAACUGACAAGUAGCAGGAACAGAGGGGGAAAAGUUUUUCCCUUUUUUAAAAAAUGGGAAAAGUGAGUCACUGCAGUUAAAGAAUGUUGAUCUUUUGAACCAACUGUAUCUUGUCCAUAGUUUAUUUUAAAGUUUAAAAUACAUUUUUAAAAUAGCACUAUUUUCAUAUUAAUAUUUAAGUAUUAAGCCUAUGUUUAUAGCAACAGGAUUCUUAAAUCAGAAUUUAACAUUUUAAGCUUAAAUGUAAAAAGUCUUUUACAUUCAAAUGUUACAUGUACAUAUGAAUUUCUCUAGCAUCCAUAUCUUCCUAGUAGAAUGACAAGUUAAGUGUCUCAAGUGAAGAACUUUGGCAAUCUGAACCUUUUUGUGUCUUUCCAACAAGUCUAUUUUUAAGAAUUUUACUUUAAAUGCAUCAUUCUGUACAUUUUAAACCAGUUUUUCAUGAUCAGAAGACCUUCUAACUGAAAAACUACUUAAUGUCUUAAGAACAUCACUGCCAAUGAUGUUCAGGAGUUACCUCACUUAGUAACUGUAACCCAACUUUAAUCCCUUAUAAAAUUAUCUCCCUGUCUUCUCCAUUGCUCUGAUCUCGAUCCAGCUACUUGAUGCAUUCUUUUUUAUGAACUUAGAUUGUAAGCUCUUUGGGGCAAGGAGUUCUGUACAGUAUAAAAGAGGUGCUCUCUCUUUUGCUAGUAUAAAUGUAGACUACUAAAUGGUGUGGAGUGUGGUUCAUGUACACAGCUGGGAUGGAUGGACAGCAGCAGGCCUUUCUGAAACACCUGGAAAAUGUUUUUCUCUGGACUUUGUCAUUGGAAGAGUGUCUCUUCUCGUUUGAUUUGCGUUUCUUUUGUGUCUCCUAAUAAUGUGCCUCUUUCUUCAUUCCACUUGCUUUGGAGUUGCUUUUUUCUCCAUUCAUUGCCCAUCUUUGGACUGCAGAGAAGAUUUCUAAAAAUGCAAAGGUAAAAAGCUGAAAAGCCGCUUUGUUUUGAGCAGUAUUCUAAGUCUAGCCAAUGUAAACAAGUAUUUUCAAUUUUUUUUGUACUUCACAUGCACCUCAUUUUCUUUGCAAUUGUGAUGAACUAGAUGAUCUCGUAUUACUGAAAAUGUCUUAUGUGGGAUAAACAAAGUUGAGGUUAUAAGAACUUAAAACUAAAGAAAAUAAAUUUGCAGCAUUGUUUCUUGUGUGA